AUGGCGAACGAAAACUCGGGAAGACCUUAUGAGUCCUCUCAGGCUGAGCCUUCUGCGGCAUCGUCAGUCAUGGUACUGACACCGACAUCAAAAUGUGGGCAACCUGAGAGACCCGCUACCAGAAAAGGGAUAUUUGAAGAAGCGGGAACUAUUCCGUUGGCGGAUGCUGGGUAUCAUUACCUCGGCGUCUGUUAUGAGAACCUGACCGUGAUCGGCGCGGGAAAGCUUACUAGGGAGGUCGAAAGUACAGACAAAUCCCUGCUCCAGAUGUGGAACUUCCCUUCUUUUGUCAUGAAACUCUUCAACAUCAAAACCGGUUCUACGCGAGAACUUAUCUCAGGCUUAUACGGUGUAGUACCAGCUGGGCAGACCAUGUUGGUUCUCGGGCGUCCUGGCUCGGGGUGCUCCACAUUCCUUCGAGCUCUAGCAAAUGAGACGAGUCCGUUUGUGAGAGUCGAAGGAGACGUUAAGUAUUCCACCAUCGAUUCGCAUGAAGCGAGGAAGUUCUACGGUGGAGAGAUCAUAUUCAACAACGAAGAAGAUAUUCACGAGCCAACUCUAAGUGUUGGUCAGACGUUGGAAGUAGCUCAGAAACUCAAACAUCCGAAGAAGAUGUAUGAUCCUAAAGAUCCAGCCACUUACGCAAAAGAUCAAACAGAUCGACUGUUACGAAUGUUUGGCAUGCCGCAUGUCAUCGACACAAUGGUAGGCAAUGACUACAUCAGGGGUGUCUCCGGCGGCGAACGAAAACGGGUGUCGCUCUCAGAGGUCUUUGCAACAAAUGCUGCAGUUCUAUGCUGGGACAAUUGCAUCCGUGGUCUCGAUUCCGCGAUAGCCGUACACUUCUUGCGGUGCUUGAAGGAGAUAUCACGAGCAACAGGGAUGACCAACGUGAGUCAUUUCAGCCGCAAUGUCAGCUUCGAGGAUAUGAAAACUGAUGCCCCACAAUUCCUCACAGAUCGUAUCGAUCGUAAGCGGCCCAUUCUCUUUGGCAUUUGCACCGGUUUAGUCAAUUUUGUUUCGCAGUACCAAGCAUCGGAAGAGGUAUAUCAUACAUGCUUCGACAGAGUCACAGUGAUUUAUGAUGGACGCAUGGUGUUCGCCGGCCUGGUGGAGGACGCCCAGCUCUUCUUUAUUCGACAAGGCUGGGAGAAGAAGCCGAGACAAACGACGCCCGAUUUCCUGACCGCUUGUACCAGUGUAAACGAAAGGCGAAUCAGACACGAUUACGAUGGGCCUGGGGUUCCGCAAACUCCAGAGGAAAUGGCCGCUUACUUUAAAGCCAGUCCCGAGUAUCAAAAGCUAUUGAACGACAUGCGAGAUUACAGAGCUGAGCACUCCUCGAACAAGCAUGCCGAUGAAUUCCGAGCCGCGGUGAAGCAUUCUAAACAUCGAGGGACCGGGAAGAAGAACUCUUACAAAGUCAAUUUUGCAAGACAAUCCGUCGUCUUGAUCAAGCGUCAGGCGAACCUGGUUCGGUCGGCUCCGAAGGAUAUGAUCAUCAAAUUAGGCUCUAACUUGUUGCAGGCUGUGGUGGUGGGAUCCAUUUUCUACAAACCAGCUGCAAACGCUUCCGGUAGUUUUGCCGUAGCAGGAGGGCUGUUCUUCACGAUCUUAUAUUUUUGCGUUUUCUCUUUAUCAGAGGCGAGUAUUCCACCUACGGUCAUGGGCCGUGCGUUAUUGAUCAAACACAGGAAACUUGGAUUUUACAACCCAGCCGCCAAGAUCAUUGCAGAAAUGCUGAUUGACUGUGGUGUGUACGCCUUGCAAACACUUGUAUUCGCAUCCGUUUUCUACUUCCUACUGGGUCUGAAUACGGAAGCCGAGACCUUCUUUACCUUCUGGUUCAUCAUCUAUACCACCUAUUUGAAUCUUUCUGUCAUGUACCGCAUGAUUGGUUCUUGGUGCCCUGAUCUGUCCGUCGCUAUCAGAUUCGGAGGUUUAUCACUUAUGCUUGUUUUGACAAGUGGAGGCUUUAUUGUGCCCCCUACGCUCCAACAUCGAUGGGCUGGCUGGAUCUCCAGAAUCUCGCCAGUCGCCUAUGCUUUUGAGGCGUUGAUGAGUAACGAGUUCCGCACGAGGACUUUGACCUGCAGUGCUACAGAUUUGGUGCCUCAUGGACCAAGUUACACUGACAUAACAUAUCAAGGUUGCACGAUUCCAGGUGCUACUGAGGGUGACGCUGACGUAUCUGGCAGUACUUUUAUCGGCCUCAAGUAUGGGUUUACCAGUGGCCACAUUUGGCGUAACAUUGGUAUUUUAUGGGCAAUGUACGCCAUCUACGCAAUCAUGGUCGUCUUGGGUAACACCAUCAUGGUGAGGGACAGUGGAUCAGCGUCAUCCAAGUUAUACAAGCGUGGCGCAGUCAUUCAACCUCUGCAGACAACCCACUCUGAGGCGGAUUCGUUCACUGCAGAUGAAGUGAAGGAGCAAGUCCAAAAGCGCUCCAUUUUCACAUUCAAAAAUGUCUGCUACACUGUUCAAGUUGGGGGCAAGGAACGACGACUACUUGAUAACGUGACAGGUAUCGUCGAGCCAGGCAGAUUAACGGCUUUAAUGGGAGCAUCAGGAGCUGGUAAAACUACGCUUCUAAACACCAUUGCCGGUCGACAAACAACGGGAAAGGUCGAAGGACAUAUGCUGCUCGACGGCAAGCCGCUGGGACCAACAUUCUCUCGCUGUGCUGGAUUUGCUCAACAGGGAGAUGUCCAUGAGCCAUACUCUACUGUCCGCGAAUGUCUACAGUUCUCUGCCGUACUUCGUCAAGCUGGGCAAUAUACAAGACAAGAGAAACUGGCAUAUGCUGAAGAGGUUCUGGACCUUCUGGAGCUGGGGCCUAUCGCUGAUGCCCUCAUCGGAAGUCGCGAUACAGGAGGACUGAAUGUUGAGGAAAGGAAGCGGGUCACCAUUGGCGUUGAACUCGCAGCAAGGCCGGACUCACUUUUGUUUUUGGACGAACCCACUUCUGGUCUCGACUCGCAAGCCGCAUACGAAAUAUGUAGAUUCCUCCGUAAAAUUGCCGCUAGAUCAGGCUUGGCAAUUUGCUGUGUAAUCCACCAGCCUUCUGGAGAUCUGUUUGAAAUGUUCGACUCGAUCAUCUUGUUGGCUGCCGGAGGAAAGACCUGUUAUGCUGGACCUACGGGACCGGGAUCAUCCACGGUAUCGCAGUACUUCGGGAGAUAUGGAAGUCCUUUAGAUCCUGGGGCCAACCCCGCUGAGCAUUUGAUAGCCACUAUCGCACCCGUCGGUGGGACUGAAGUGAACUGGCCAGAACGUUGGCAAAAGUCCAAUGAGGCUGCUGCCAUCCUUCAGAGAGUCAACGAUCUCGAGAAGUCGUCCGAGGCUGUCAUCCCCAUGGGGUCGUUAUCGAAGGAAGAUACCGCACCUUUCGCUAGUAGCUUUGCGGUGCAGUUUAAGGAGCUUCUAAUCAGGAACAUGAGAGCUCAAUAUAGAGAUGGAUCUUAUUGGACCACCAAGUUGGUGUUAUGUGUCUUCAUAGGUCUCUUUAUCGGUUUCUAUUGCUAUCAGAUGCAGCAUUCGGUUGCCGGCAUUCAAGUCAUGUCCUUAUCCAUCCUAGUUGCUGCUCAAGCUGCUGCUCCCGUCGCCUUCGACUCAGCGUGUAAUUAUCAGGCCAAGUUCGGCAUAUACCUCGCCAGAGAACGACUUGGUGUCUAUUCAUGGCAGGCCUUGGUCGCCGCACUACUAGUCGUUGAGCUUCCAAUCAACCUCAUAGCGUUCACUCUCCUCUUCUUAAGUUACUAUUGGACAGUUGGCCUGGAAUCUUCAGCCAUGGUAGGCGGACUACACUGGCUAGCGUGGGCGGUGUACUCGAUAUAUACGUGCACAUUCGGAGUCAUGAUUGGAGCCUUGUCUCCUUCGACUUUUGCGGUUGGAUUUGUUUUAUCCUUCAUUUGGAAUGUUGUAAACGCUCUCUCGUGGGCACUGGUUCCAUGGCCGAACAUGCCACAGCCGUAUCACACAAUAUUCUCCUGGUUAUCACCCCUCAGAUGGUUCUAUGGAUCAACAAUGGAAAGCACCCUGUCUAGCAAGGCGAUAAGCUGUGCUGCCAAUGAGUUAACGACGUUUGCUGCUCCAUCCGGAAUGACCUGUGGUGAAUAUGCCGCCGAAUUUCUGGCAACAGCCGCUGGUUACCUCAUCAAUCCUGCGGCCACAUCGAGCUGUGCAUACUGUCAGCUAUCAUACGGAUCAGAUUACGUUCAAUCCCUUGGUUACGAAUACGACAACAUGUGGAGGGAUUGGGGUGUUCUGAUUGUUCAUUGCGUCUCCAACAUUGCGGUGGCUUAUUUAUUUACCUGGCUUAUCAGAAUUCGACCUUUGUACAAAAAGUAG